CUCAUCAGUGGCGGUCAAGUCUCCCCUUUGUACUCGUACUGGUUCUUGUCUACCACAAGAGCGCAGCGUCGGAGACCUAUACUGUAUCCAUAACCCACUGACCCCAAAGGCAGCUACCAAAGCACCAAGAGAACCCGAUCUCAUUGAUUUCACAUGUCGACAGAUAGCGGCUCAUCCCAGACACCCACAUCAUCCCCAUCAUCGCCCUCGUCCUCCACCUCCCACGAAUCCGAUGAUGCCUCAUCUGAAAGAAAAGGUCUGAGACCAAAGGAUCUGACUCGUUACUUGACCUCGCAGGUUUCCCGGGCAGUAGAUAGCAUUGAUUGGGGGGAAGAUUUUGAAAGUGGGGCCUCUGCAAUACAAACGUUAGCCCAGAUUGCCUCAAAGAUACAGGCAAGAAUGCAGGCCUCGGAGAAGAAGAGGGAAGAGGGAAGCGGCAGCAGCGAGCAGGCAAGUGAAACGAGUAGCAGCGCAAGUGAAAAGAAAGAACCUACUCCGCCCCAGAGCCCAGCAUCCCCCAGCACCCCGAAAUCCAGCGCGAGCUCACAGGAAGCAGCAUCCACAUCUCCCUCUCCGGUCCCUUCACCUUCUCCCUCGAGCUCAAAGUCCACCUCUGAGCCUACUUCUACAAAGCCCACUGCAAGUGACGCAUCAUCUGCUCAGAGGCGCUCAUCCUCAGCUCCACCAUCGACAGCAAGUAAACAACAGGCAACAAAGCCUUCAGAGGUGACGCCUGAGGACUGGACUUGGGUCCCUAUCGACAAGAUGCCAAGAUAUGAGGCCAUGUUGAGGGGGGACGGCGAUAGACCUGAAUGGCCUAGAGGGAAAGGCCGACGAUUCCCUACUCAAGGCAAAGCCUAGCGCUAGUAGACGAUUGCUACAUGAAUAUUUUGAUCUUCAAACCCCUAUAGUUUUCAUAGCAAGCCGAGGCAGAUCCCGAUUCUGACUAUGCCGAGCCGGCAGACGU